UGGAAAGAUCGAACAACAGUGGAAGACAUGGACCUUGCAGUCAGAGCUAGCCUUAGGGGAUGGAAAUUUCUUUAUAUUGGUGACUUAGAAGUGAGUCUUUUAAGUAUUUACAAAUUUAUUUAUAGUAAUACUUAGAAGAUCAAAUCUCUAUAUAUCAAGAAACUAAAAUAGUUAAUUUAGGUAAAAAAUGAACUUCCAAGCACCUUCAAGGCUUAUAGGUAUCAACAACAUCGGUGGUCAUGUGGUCCAGCAAACCUCUUCAGGAAAAUGUUCAAAGAAAUCAUCCAAAGCGAGGUAAUUAAACUCAAUAGGGGUUUCUUUGUAUUAAUAAUAAUUCAAAAAAACUCAAAAUGGAUCUCUCAUAUACAAUGCAGCGUGUGUCCCUAUACAAGAAACUUCACUUGGUCUAUGAUUUCUUCUUAGUGAGGAAGAUUAUAGCACAUUGGGUUACCUUUUUCUUCUAUUGUAUUGUCAUCCCAUUUGCUAUUGUAAUCCCUGAGUUGCAUCUUACAAAGCCAAUAGCUAUAUAUCUUCCAGCAACUAUAACCAUUCUAAAUGCAGCUUGCACAAAGAGGUCCUUCCAUCUUCUUGUGGUUUGGAUAUUAUUUGAAAACGUCAUGUCUCUGCAUCGAACUAAGGCUGCAAUAAUCGGACUACUAGAAGCCAACAGAGCCAAUGAAUGGGUUGUAACAGAAAAAUUAGGGAAUGCAGCUAAGCAAAGGCAAAAUGUGAGAGUGCCAAAAAGAAAAACGUGCAAGAUUAGAGAAAGGAUCCAUUUGCUCGAGAUUAUGAUGGGAGUUUUUAUGCUGCAAUGUGCAUUGUAUGAUGUGAUUUUUGGGAAUGACUUGUUUUAUGUAUAUCUAGUGCUGCAAGCAUUGGCCUUCUUUGUAGUUGGAUUUGGCUGUGUUGGAACACAAGUCCCCGACUAGAGCUUUGCAGGAAGGUAUAUAUACCAUAAACACAAAGACAAGUAAACUUUGUUAGUGGACGUUGUUGGUUUUUUUAAGUAUUGGCCAUUUAAUUGGCAAAACAUUUAAUG